UCAUACAUCAGAAUCUUCAGUUUGUUGUUAAGUGAUGUGUGAAAAGUGCUUUUCCUGCUAUUAAUAAUCAUAGUCAUAACUGUGAUAGAACUCUGAUUAUAUGCUGAUCAGCACUUUUUGCAGCUCAGCACAUCACCAUCAUCUCACCCGGACCACAGCGGACCAUGGAUGGAUGGUGCUCAGGACAGACGUGGGCUCCAUGGCCUCUCCAACACACCGAACCCUGUGCGUGUGACGCAAAGAAGUAAAGCGGGAUUAGCGUUGAGCGGCACAGUGUGCUCCCCACUGCGCUCUUUCUCACACACACACACACACAACCCGCCUUCCGUGCGCACACGAGCCGACACAGCCGCUCAGGAGGACUCUCUACCAAUCAGCGCGUGGAGGACAGGAGCGCUCAGGCUUCCCACACACACACAUGUCCACGCAUUUACUGGAUUUUGUCGGAGCUCUCGGACACAUACAAGGAGAACUGUAAGAUCUUUUUCGUCUGUAUAAUUUGUGCGUGAUCUUCUCCGAAUGAACAAUCAUGGGGGAGUGGACCAUAUUAGAGCGUCUCUUGGAGGCGGCUGUUCAGCAGCACUCUACUAUGAUCGGAAGGAUCCUAUUGACUGUGGUGGUGAUCUUCCGGAUUCUGAUCGUGGCGAUAGUUGGAGAGACUGUGUACAAUGACGAGCAGUCCAUGUUCGUGUGUAACACCUUACAGCCGGGUUGCAAUCAGGCCUGCUAUGACAAGGCUUUCCCAAUCUCUCACAUCAGGUACUGGGUGUUCCAGAUCAUCAUGGUGUGUUGCCCCAGCCUCUGCUUUAUCACUUACUCUGUGCACCAGUCUGCCAAGCAGAGGGAGCGGCGCUACUCCACAGUGUACCUUUCCUUGGACAAAGACCAGGACUUAAAGCAUGACAGCAAGAAGAUCAAGAACACCAUUGUGAACGGAGUGCUACAGAACACAGAAAACUCCAACAAGGAGGCAGAGCCCGACUGCCUGGAUGUCAAGGACAUCCCCAGCUCAGCCCUGCGAACUACCAAGUCAAAAAUUAGACGGCAGGAGGGCAUUUCCAGGUUCUAUAUCAUCCAGGUGGUGUUCAGAAACGCAUUAGAGAUAGGGUUUCUGGUGGGUCAAUACUUCCUGUAUGGAUUCAACGUUCCCGCGGUGUAUGAGUGUGAUCGUUACCCUUGCAUAAAAGAUGUAGAGUGCUACGUUUCCAGGCCAACAGAGAAGACGGUGUUUCUAGUCUUCAUGUUUGCGGUCAGUGGCAUUUGCGUGGUGCUAAACUUGGCAGAGCUCAACCACCUUGGCUGGAGGAAGAUCAAAACUGCUGUGAGAGGAGUGCAGGCCAGGAGGAAGUCCAUUUAUGAGAUCCGGAACAAAGACUUGCCCAGGAUGAGUAUGCCCAGCUUUGGGCGCACUCAGUCCAGUGACUCUGCAUACGUGUAACUGCCUGUUACAUACACAUGAGGAGGCUGCAGGACAGCUGUACAGAAAGUAGUUAUCAAAAUCAGCAUAAGUAUUUAUGACUGUAUAAAUUUAUAGCUAUAACUAUUUAUUAGUAUUUAGUAUUCAAACAAAACAAGUAUAACAUUCUGAAACUGAGUUGAGGGGAUUUUCAGUGGAAGUCAAAAUGUUGCAGAUUUUGUGUGUCUAGGAAACACCAGAAACUAAGUAGGAGACUUUAUGUCUAACUGUUUCUUUAAGACUGGAAAUUUUCUCUAAGAUUGGCCUUUAACAUGGCUGACGUCAUAAUAAAUUUGGCAUGGUAUCCAUCUAAUUUGUCUUUUAUGGAGAGAGAACGAGGACCACACAUUUGUUUGAAUUUGUGUUUUCUUUUAUGUAAAGUGCUUCUCAAGAGGAAGAGCUGAUACACUACAUGGUCAAAUGUAUGUGGACACCUUAACAUUUCAUUGAGCAUUAUGUUUUGCUAUAGCAGCCUCCACUCUUAUGGUUGCAUUCAACCAAAAGCGCACCAAUGAGAUCCAUACAUGUGUUAAAAGGCCUGGCUCACAAACAGUUCCCCAUCCUCACAGAGGUGUUGGAUGGGGUUGAUGUCUCAACUUUGUGUAGGCCAGUCAAGUUCUUUACCUCAAACUUGGAAAACCAUUGUAUCAUGGCGCUGGCUUUGUGCAAACGGGAAUUGUUGUAACAGGAGAGGGACAAACAAACUGUUGGAAGUACCAGCCUAAACUAUGAACCACCACAGACCCAAAGUACACUUGUAUACACAAGUAUCCAUACUCUUGGCCAUAUAUUGUAUCAGAUUGGAGUAAUUUUCUGAUGUCCCCUGGUGGACACUGAGUAUAUUUUUGCACUAAUAAGCCAAAUGAACAUGCCUAUCCGCUCAGAGCUGUGACAUUCCUUCAUUUACAUUUCAAUUGUUCCAAUCACUACUACACAAUCUGUGGUACACAGUACAGUACACAUUCUGGCAGUAUAUCUAUUAUCUCAAACACCUGUCUCUUGGAAAUUUCAUUGUUUUGGAUGUCUGUGCUCGCACCACUGACCUUAAACUAAAUGAUGGCUCCUUUGCUUUAACUGAAGGAAGGUGAAAACCUGCCAUCAUUUAUUUUCUCUUACACCUGA